AUGGCCUCAACAUCUACAUCUGCAGGAACCAGCUCAACGGGACAGGAUGUCGAAAGUGUCACCCAUAUCCAAAUGGCGGGACUGACCGUGCUGAUGAUUAAAAAAAAGGACCAGGUCAUUUACAAACUACCCGACAACAUGUCUGUCACCUCAUUGACCCAAGAUCAGCGGGAACGCCUGUUGGCAGAGAUCAACCUCCUUCACCACCAACAAACAACGGCUCAGGCAAUAGCAGUGACGAAUGCACAGACACAUCAGGUUCAACUGGCACAGGCAGCAGCACAGGCAGCAGCACAGGCGCAAGCAGCAGCACAAGGUGGCGUUCGGCCGAUUGCUCCAGUCAUUCCGCUCGCAGUCAGUCAGGUCCCUGUGACACCCAUCGUAACAUCUGCAUCAAGGCUCUCGGCACUCAGCACACGUUUGAACCAAAACGCAGCAUCAGCAGACAAUCAACACAAGACAACGAGGCGGUACAACAAGACCGGGAAAUACUCCAAAAAGAAACUGGUGCAGCAACAACAGAGUUCAGAGCGGCCUACAGACUUGACUGGAGUUCGGACAGGCGCAGGAGCCAGUGGACAAGUACAUACACCGGAUCAACUGACGCAGUCCCUCGUUUUCAACAAUGCGCAUCAACAAGCGUAUCAGACAACUGCAGGAGCUGCAGUGGCAGGAGCUCCACAAGCAGCAACCGCUGCGUCGGUAGCAGGGACUCCUUCCUCAAUGACCGCAGCAUCUCCGUCUGCCACCAGAAUCACUUCCGCGGCAUUAGGCGGCUCAACAACAUCCAAAGCCAAGCCGAUACUGCUACAGCCAUCAUCGUUGGCGACAUUAUCUCCCACACAAACACCAUCCGGCACUCCGCCACUCACGCCCGCUCAGAGGCAGGCCCAGCAAUCGCCUUCCUUGGCGCUGGCAACACCGGAUCAAAUGAAGCAGCUUAGGUUACUCCAGGAGAUUCACCUCAUUCAGCAACAGGUCGAGGCUCAGCGACUUCGGGCAGAUGCAUUCCGGGAACAUGAGCUUGCGGUUCGCCGCCUUUUGGCGAACCAACGACCGGUGGAUGAAAAGACGGUGCAGUUAGCAAAGGAGAAAUUGGCGGACGCGGAAGGAUCGUUGGAGAGAUUCUGGAACCUGCUACGAGAGAAGGAAGCUACUUUUCGCGAGCAAUUUCCUGUGGCGAGCCAGCAGCUCUUGCUACUCCAACAGCAGCAGCAACUAGCACGGGCAGCUGCCAACACAGGAGCGACAGGACAAUCUACUCCGCCUACACGCGCACCAGCACUCACGACGACGCCAUACUUGGGCAUUACACCAUUGCCGGGAAGUCUAACAAAACGACUACCCGGUGCCCAGGCAGAGGAUGAAAAGUUCAAGCAGGAGAUGAGGCAAUACCAUGAAAGCGUCAGCAAUGGGAUGAGCCGGGAGGUGGAAACAGUACACAACAGUAUGAAGAAACCGGACUGGCGAACUCCUUUUACGUCUCUCGAGGAUGCCAUCGAACGCCUUUUACCCUUUCACGUUUAUCAAUAUCCAACUCGCGACAUGGACUCCCACGCUAAAGCAUUCACCGAUCGAUCCGAAGAAGAGCUGAAUGCCAGGUCGCUGGGGAUUCAUCGACGAAAGCAUCAGUUGGUUGAAAAGUACAAGGAGCUGGUCAAGACGCAUGCAGCAAAACGGACAAGGAUAAACCCGUCGUUGGCGCUGGAGAUUGUCGCUCUUCGAUGUGAUGUGGUAGAUGAGAAGGAGAGCCACCGGAAGGUGUUUGAGGAAAAUGAAGGUGUUCAGGCAGAGGGCAGGGUGUUGAGGGAGGAGCUGGAGCGGAGGCAGGCGAAUCUUGUUCAACAGAGAAAGGCGGAAGCGGUGAUGAUUGAGCAGCAGCAGAGGUUGAUGUUGGAGCGUCAGAGGGAGGAGGAGGAGGAGCUUGAGGCGGCAAAGCAAAGGUUGAUGGCACAGCAGGGUCAGCGACUGGAUGAGACGCAGAGGGAGCAGCAGGUGGGAUUAUUGCAUUUGCAGCAGGCACCAAAGGUUUUGACGGAGGAAGAGAAGGCGCAGAAGAAGAAGGAUGCAGACCGGAAGGAGUUUGAGAGACGGCACCAACUUGAACUUGAGCGGCAGAUGGGGAUUCAUCAGGAGCAAGCAGAGCGAGUGUUAUCGUCGUUGUCAUCCAUGUCGUCUCUGUCGGCUCUGUCGUCGUUGUCCAUCUCGAUGACCGCAGAAACCCUCAACCAGGGCAUGGACCCCAAUCCACUCCUCAUGUGGCAGCCAACCGAUCCCGAAACCACAGAGAUGAGCAAGUUCAGGGUCCACGUCAACAACAAGCACUCUCUUGCCCUCCAGAACUACAACGAUCUCUGGCAGUGGUCCGUCGAUGAGAUCGAACUCUUCUGGUCCGCCGUCUGGGAGUACACCAACGUCGUUUCUUCCACCCCUCCCUCUGGACCCGUGGUUGAUGGAUCCCUCCCCAUGGAUCAUUUCCCUGCCUGGUUCCCCUCCGCGCGCCUCAACUUUGCCGAAAAUGCCCUCUGGUGCAAGGACCCAACCAAGACCGCCAUCAUCGCCACCGGUGAGCUCCAGUCCAAACCCCAGCGCAUCUCUUACGCCGAUCUCUACAGCCGUGUCCGUCAGUGCUCCAAGGCCAUGCGCAAGGCUGGUGUGGUCAAAGGAGACCGUGUUGCUGGCUACAUCGCCAAUUGCCCCGAGGCUAUUGUCGCUAUGCUGGCUGCCUCGUCCAUCGGAGCCAUCUGGAGCUCCACCUCUCCUGAUUUUGGAACUAUCGGCGUGCUCGACAGAUUCUCCCAGAUCAGGCCCAAGCUUCUCUUCUCCGUCAAUGCCGUCGUCUACAACGGUCGUCCUCACGAUCAUAUCCAAAAGCUCAACAAGGUCCUCGAGGGCCUCGACAUGGUCGAGAAAGUCAUCCUCAUCCCAUUCGUUCCUUCCCAACCCUGUGAAGCUGCCUCUGUCAACAAGGGCUCCACCUGGUCCGAAUUCCUUGCUACCUCCGGAGAGCCACUCUCUACCACCGCCUCUUCUAACCUUCAACCACAGGACCAGGAACUCAUCGACUUUGAACCUCUUCCCUUCAAUCACCCCCUCUACAUCCUCUUCUCCUCCGGAACAACAGGAAAGCCAAAGUGCAUCGUUCACUCUGCAGGAGGCAUGCUUCUCCAACACAAAAAGGAACACAUCCUUCAUGGAAACCUUUCCUCCUCCGACAUCCUCUUCCAGUACACUACCACUGGAUGGAUGAUGUGGAACUGGCUCGUCUCUGGCCUUACCCUCGGAGCCACCAUCGUCCUCUUUGAUGGAUCCCCCUUCAAGCCUGGUCCAGCGGCCCUCUGGGACUUGGUCGAGCAGGAGAACGUCACCGCCUUUGGAACCAGCGCCAAAUACAUCCAGGCCAUUCAGGAUGCUGAUUACAAGCCCAACCAGAACCAUAACCUCAAGCACCUUCAUUCCAUCUACUCGACCGGUUCGCCCCUCAAGCCUGAGAGCUUUGACUUUGUCUACGAGCACAUCAAGAAGGACCUUCUUCUGGGUUCCAUCACCGGAGGCACGGAUAUCUGCUCCCUCUUUGCCUCCCAUAAUGCAGCUCUCCCUGUCUACCGCGGUGAGAUUCAGUGCCGAUCCCUUGGAAUGAAGAUUGAAGCCUGGACUGCUCCAUUCAAGCCAGUCUUUGGCGACUCUGGCGACUUGGUCUGUUCCCGUCUCUUCCCUUGCAUGCCAGUCUACUUUUGGGAUGACCCCGAAAACAAAAAAUACAAGUCGGCCUACUUUGACAACUACCAGGGAGUCUGGUACCACGGAGACUUUGUCUGGAUCAACCCCAACACCGGCGGCAUUGUCAUGCUCGGACGAAGCGACGGUACCCUGAACCCCAACGGCGUUCGAUUCGGUUCUGCCGAAAUUUACAACAUUGUUGACACCUACCCCGAGGUCGAGGACUCUCUCUGUGUGGGCCAGACGUUCAAGGAUGGCACGGAUGAGCGCGUUGUUCUUUUCCUUAAGGUCGCAGGAACCGACAAGGCGUCCUUGGCUGCCGCCGCAAAGACCAAUGGCGAUGAGACAGAAGCUGACAAACAACUGUUGGACGCCCCCUUGGAUGCCACUUUGGUGAACCGGAUCAAGACCCAUAUCCGCAACCAGCUCAGUCCACGCCACGUACCUGCCUUUAUUCUCAAAACCAAGGAUAUCCCCUAUACAAUUAACGGCAAGAAGGUGGAGAUCGCCGUGAAAAAGAUUAUUUCUGGUCAGACGAUUGUUCCUUCGGGCACACUUGUCAACCCAGAGUCCUUGGAUCUUUAUUACAACAUCCCUGAGCUCCAACAAUAA